GUAAAAAUAUAGACUUGAAACAAUAUCGUUUAUAUUUUUCAAAAUCUAUUGUAUGAAUGCUGAUUAUUUACGCGCAUGUAUUGCAAUCUGAAAGAAACGUCUACAUCGUUGAAUUCAAUGCUUAAAGACCUUGGAAAAGCUGUGAAAUAAAAAGAAAUUAAUACAAAUUAAAUUUCACGUCGAUUGACUUUGUCGUGAGUGAGAUGGGCAUUCAAGGGCUUUUACCUUUGUUAAAAUCGAUCCAGCAGCCGAUUUGUAUCUCGGAGUUAGCAGGGAGUACUAUAGGGGUGGAUGUUUACUGUUGGCUACACAAGGGAGCUUAUGGAUGUGCUUUAGCACUGGCUGAAGGAAACGACUCAGAUUUGUAUGUUUGUUUUGCGUUUUAAUAUGUGGUUAUUAAUCGACUAGGCUGCAAAGCCUGCAAUGCGCCCCCCCCCCCCCAUGACUCGUGUAUUGUACUCUGUCUAACCCCACAUGCUUUUACAUGUAAAAGGAAGGCUUUGUGUAUUUUAUACCAUGCCCAUUAUUAACCCAUAUAUCAUGCUAUGACCAGACAACUUGCAGCCUGCUAUCUAAUUUUUCCAGUCAUAUAGAAGUAGAUUUUUAUAAAAUAUACCGAUCCUAACCCUAAUUAGCUCUACCCAGAAAGUGUAAAUAAAUAAUUUGAGAGUUAAUAAAACUAGUUUGAAAAAAAAAUUAAAAAGUUUUAAGGAAAAAAAAGCUAGUGUAGGAUUUGAUCCCCGACGCUCUGGCUUGCAAGUGUUUGUCCUAUCCACUUUGCCACUAGCACACUCCCUUUGUAUCCCUGUUGCAUAUUACUGUCAAUUUUAAUAGAUUGCUGGCUACCAGCAGCGUACAAUGCGACUUUAUGGGUUCAUGGUUUAUCAGGCCCAUUGCAACUAAAUGGGUUAACAAGACCCAUUGGUACAGUACUAGAUAGAUUGGUUAACUCAUUAAUGUGCAAGACUCUCCCCUUGACAAGAAAAUCAUCUGGCAUUAGACAGUAAUAGUAAAGUCGAGUGCAUUGCAUCUUAGUAUGUUAAACAGUUGUUGUUUUGUUUCCAAUAGGUACAUCAACUAUGUUAUGAGAAGAGUGAACAUGAUGCUUUACUAUAAAGUAAAACCAAUUCUUGUAUUUGAUGGAGGAUAUCUGCCUUCAAAGAGUGAAAAAGAAGCUGAAAGAAGACAGUACGACCUUUAAUAAUUUCUUUGUGAUUGUGAUCAAAUUAGCUCAGUUGGUUAUCUAGAGUGCUGCACCAGAAUCACAGGGUAGCAGGUUCAAUUCCUGCCAAAGGGCCUAUAGUUGUAUUUUUCACAACUGCUCCUGGUUAGGUCUACAUUUUGUAAUAAAAAUUUCCAUCAACAAAAUCAUUCACUCAGCAGCUAAAAUCCUGAUAUUUGUUGAUACGUAAUUCCAUUCUACAAUGUUUUAUCCAGGAGAAGAAAAGAAAACAAAUCUCAAGGAUUGGAACAUCUUAAAAAUGGCAACAGAACUCAAGCUUUUGAAUGUUUUCAGAAAUCGAUUGAUAUCACACCAGAGAUGGCACUUAAUGUUAUGAAAGUAUGUUUUCAUCAUUAAGUGACAAAUCCUUUUUUGUCACAGACUGUUGUUAUAUUUUGCAGGUUCAACAUGAGAAAAAACCUUCCCUAACAAAUUUGUUUUAUAUCAUUUUACUUGAGGCUCUGUUUUGUGCUGCACCAUAUACUCUUAUUAACUAUUGUUAUUGUUUGACUAAAUCACAUAUUGGUCUAUUGUCACAGGAAAAAACCUGUGGUGUUUAGCUAAGAGUUAAAUUGGAGCACUCUUCCCAUGCAUGAGAAAUAUGACUGAGAAAUAUAUUCAGAGAAAGUGCAUAUUGUAUGAGAAUCAAAACAUGGUUGCAACAGUGACAUGUGAAAGGCAUGCACAUGGACAAGCAGUAACCAAUGGGACUGUAAUAAGGUCUUCAGGUGGCACAAUCAUUAGACUUAUCAGAGCAAGCACCUUUCAAUCACCUCUGAGAUGAGUUAGGUUCUCCAAUCCCCCCGUAUUGGUGUCAUGGACAUGAAAGAAUCAUGGCCAUAUAUUCUCUGAUCUGGAAAUAUAACAGUUUUAUAUUAAGCAAUUGUAUUGAGGAAAUCAGGAAAUUUAUUCCACUCAAUUUGUCUACCCAACAGGCAUGUCGUGAGAAAGGCAUUGACUGUAUUGUUGCACCAUACGAAGCAGACGCACAACUUGCAUAUCUAAUGAAGACUGGGAUCACCCAAUGUAUAAUAAGUGAAGAUUCCGAUUUACUCGUCUAUGGCUGUGGGAAGGUAUAAUCAAAUAAUGCAAAUUUUGUGAUGUGAAAAAUUAAUCAUUAAACUAGAACAGCUAGAUUUUUGUAUGUGUAUAUUACUUGGGUCAUUCAAGGAGGAAUGGUAUGAAAUCUUCAUAGCAAAAAUCUCAUCUUUACCCACUCUUUCACUCAGUCACAGUUUCAGUUUUGAUGUUAUUAGAUGAAUUUGUGGAGCGAAAAACAAGGGAAAAUGAAUUUUCAAGUCAUCUAAUGAUAUUAUGUUUGGAAAUUUCGAGUUAGAAAAUUUAAGCUGUGGUGAUUUUCCACCACUCUCUCUGUAGGUUAUCUUCAAAAUGGAUGCAAAUGGAUCAGGCCUGAUGAUCGACAUCAAACAAUUACCAAAACUUAAAGGACUUCGUAUGGACGGCUUCACACAGCAGAAGUUUCGAGAAAUGUGCAUAUUGUCGGGCUGUGAUUAUCUUCAGUCUGUCAAAGGAAUGGGACUAAUGACAGCUCAUAAAAUGUUAAGGACACACUCCACUGUGAAAAAGGUAUACAGAUAUGGGAUUCAUGGUUUUUAAGUUUCUAUCCAUUCUUAGAAGUACUCUAGUCCAGCAAGUACUGUACUUAUGAAAACAAAAACUGUUCUUAUAUAAACAAACAGUAUUUCAUGAUGGUGGUGGUGGUGGUAAUGUCAUGAUGAAUGAUGGUGUAAGUGACGAUGUGCUGGACCAGACAUGAUUGUGGUAGUAAUGGUAGUUUUCUAUGCUAGUGCAUGGUGACGAUGAUGAUGGUGUAUUGAUGGUGGUUUUGGUAAUUUUGGUUCUGAUAGCUAUAGCAGUAAUUGUGACUCUGUUAUAGCAAUUGCCGUGCUUGCAACCAUUUUGUAUACUUCCAUUAGGUUAUAUCAAAACACCGAAGACGCGUUUUGGGGGUAAACUUCGACCCUUUACAAGUCUGGAAAACGUCUUGAGCAUUGUAAAAGCAACAUAUAUUGUGGUAACUGUUUCAACUUUGUUUCAGCUUAUUGGUACGUUACGACUAAACACAAAGAUGAACGUUCCAAAGGAUUACGAGACAAGGUUUGAAAAAGCAGAACAGACAUUUCUCUACCAAAUCGUGUUUGAUCCGAAUACAAAUAAACUGGUACCAUUGAACCCACUACCUGACGACAUUGAUCCUGCUUAUUUACAUUUUGCUGGACAGUAUCCUUUUAUAGUGCAAUAGUGCAUCGCAACUUCCUCCUGUUCCAGAUUCGUAAGGGUAGCUGGCCCGCUUGAAUUUGUCGAGGUUCAUGCGUCCCAUGAACGCAAAGCGAAAUCCUGAAAAUUAUGGAGGGCUUGAUGAGAAAUAUCGCGAGCGAGGUAAUACUUUUUACUCCCCCCCUCCCCUCCCCCUUAACAGAUAACAACAGUAACAUUGAAAGCCCCUCUUCCAUCUCUGAAGACAAGAUGUAGUCUCUAAAAUUUGCAGUUAUUCCUUAACGACUCGUAGUAGUUUGAAAUGGAAACAAGAAGAUGCUUUAGACCUUGCUAUUGGGAAUCUCAAUCCUCUCACGGGUAUAAGGAUAGGAAAUUUUCAGCUAACCAAGGUAUGUCAGAUACUGGAUUUGUAGUGAGGCAGAAAUCCCGGUAACAGAGUCAUGAAAGGAACGUGCACUACAUAUACUGGGGAACGUCAUGCCAUACGUAUUUCUGAGCAACCUCGUGGUUGAUUUCUGAAUGGAAUUUUGAAAAGUAGCACAGUUUCAUAACUGUGAGUUUUACAUAUCCAUUAACCGUGGAUUCAACUACCUGAAGUAAGUGAAGUAAAACUUCCACGUUUCGAGAGAAGGCCCUUCGUCGGGGAGUUAGCAGUAUGUAGCUGAAAAUGAUGUAAAAGCGAAUCCCUAGCUCUCAAUCCGCAGCUUCCUGAUGUUCAGGUUUAUCAUAUUACAUAUAGUAGUAAUGCAUAAGUCAAUGUAAACCCCAACCUCCCCCACCCCGGGACAGGGUGGGGAUUUGACUUUGACCUUGUUCUAAUAUUCGCAAAUGCCCCACAUCCUGGGAACUAUCAAAGGUUCCAAAUGUCAAAAAAUGUCCCCUGUACCUGGGGCAUUCGCCCGUAAAUUAAGUGUUUUUAAUUAAACAUUGCUAAAACAGUUUAUAUUUCAAAAUAACUAUGUAUGGACUGCAAUGAACUACUAUGAAUUGCAUUGAAAAAGGUUUGGUACAAAAACUUCAAAAAGCACACGUAAGCAAAGAUAAUACAAGCUAGACGAUAAAACGUUACUUGAGAUGAACAACCGCUGAAAAAUCGACAACUGGCUCAUUACUAAUCCCUACCCAAUCCCCAUAUCAUGGGGAUAAAUAAAUUCUAAAAGCUUCAAAUCCCCCACCCUCUUGGGAGUAUUUUCUGAUCUAAACCCCUACCAAUCCCCUAUUAACCCCCACCAUGGCCCGGGGUGGGGGUGGGGGGUUACAUUGACUCAUGCAUAAAGGACUUGAUUUGUUUUAUUUUUUAAACGGCACGAUUAUUUAUUGGCAGAGUCUUCAAUUUGUAACCCCGGAUAAUCACUAGUACAGAUUCGUAUAUAGGAAGUAAAUAGUAGAGAAAUAAAUUUAGUGAAGUCAUGCUUUUCUUAAACGCAGGCACUGUCAUGUGAUGAACACGAAGAAGACACGAGCUCUGAGAAGGAAAAGACAUCAUCCAUGAAAGCCUCCAUCUGUCCGCAAGUCAAGAAAUCCCAAUCCGCACUCUUCUCAAAUAAAACGUACGACGCUGAGAAGAAUCUGAAUGGCACCUUCCGUGAAACAAAAUCGUCGGAGAAAGCAAACAGUCAAUUUGUUACUCCAGUGAGAAACAAGAGAACACGCACAAAAUCAGGUUGGGAAACGCUACUACUGCUGCUACUACUGCUUUCCAGUCUAGUUAUGGAAACGCGAGGCUUAUAGAUGACUAAGUUAAAGGCCAAGAGGAGGUUUUUUAGUUUUUAUUCAACUGUUUUCUUCAACCAUGAAAUGAGAAUAAACUAGAGGUCACUCGGAGACUGCAUAUCUCCACCAACGAUUUAAGUUAUAUAUCAUGCAUAAAUUAUACAAUAUGCUAAUUAUGCAUUCAGUUUACUCUGCCCGGCAAAACAAUGUUGCUAUAAAUUUCUCAUCCAAUUUUCAAUAAAAUUUACCCAUAAUUUAAUCAAUUUGUCUUUGGGCUAUGUUCAUUAGUCUCAGAAAUGUUCGUAUUACUACGUUUGAUUGUCUGUUUGAUAUUUUUCGAGUUAUCGUGCUCAUCGACACACAAACAAACACACACACACACCUUCUGGCGGAGAUAAUCAACUUCGAUCCUGGAAACACUACUGUAUGUAAACGUUUCAUAACAAUUUCUUUGUUACAAAAACAGAUGAGCAUCAACAAGAAAGUUCAAAGUUAGCGAGAUUGUAUUCAACAUCUAUGGAUGAAGUGACAGUUGAUAUCAAAUUUGAACCAACAGAACCAACAUCAGAAUCAGCUACACAAUUCCGAACGAGUGUCCAACCACAACUAAAGAUAAGACGAAGUAAUCCGUUCAGAAGUCCAGUUAUAAAAAAGCCACAAACACAGAGCGAACAAGUUGUGAGCCGGUACUGUAUUUCGAUUCAAUUCAUAAGAAUUAAUGAUGGAAAUAUUUAAAUACUAUAAGGGCCGGAUAGCGCUAUCCACUGGUUUUUCAACCCGGCAUUGUAAAAAUGCUGGAAAAGCUAUAAAAUACGGAUAUGGAUCCCACAAGUAAUAAAAGGAAACUAUAAUUUUUAUAUACUUAGUAAAGUUUAAUCUGGAUUAUACCAAUCAACGGCCAAUUUAGGAAAGCUUGAAAAAAUCAUUAUCCGGUAGAUAUAGCGCUAUCUGGCUUUCGUGCAACCUUCCCCAGAAUGGAUAGAACUAAACUAGUACUACUCAAGUUGUAUCAAAAUUAUUCAUGUUCGACUUUACUAAACACCGCAGGAUUCUUCCUUUCGGCUGCAGUAAGACUGGGACAAUAAGGGAUGCCCCUUUUGGACCGGAAACUAUUGUUCAGAACUGAUAGAACUAUCCAGUGUACAUAAAGUUAGUGUUUAGAGACACUAAGUAUAAUUCUCCAAUGAUAAAAUAUUUUUGUGUGCAGGUAUUUUGGUCUGGCGGGUAUGGAAAUCAUAAAGAAUGAACCGUUAGUGGGGUUCACAAACAAUACGGCUAAAACGACCGUUGAAGAUUCGUUCACUGAACAACAAGAAAACGCCGAAACCGAAGUAACGGAUUCCCAGGGUUCCAUAUCUUCGCGCGACGUGUCUCUAAAUUCUAACGAACAGGAGGACGCUGAGUUCCAAGAAUCAGGCUAUCUUAGUAGUAGUCAAACAACGGAGAAUUCACCAACAGACAACUGUAUUGACCCAGAACUGCCAACUAACCCACCACCACCUCAAACCAACAGUCCACCCCUAUCAACAACAGACUUUCCACCCCUCCCCAAGUUUCUUACAACGCCUACAAGAAGAAAGAAGAACACAAAACAGAAACCUAUGAGAAAGAAAUCAAUAUCCAGUCAAAUGUCGUUGGAUAAGUUUGCGUUUAAGAAAACCAGAGCAAUGACAGAGGAUAGUAAAACAGAGGCGAUCACUACUUCACCAAAACGGACAGUCCUAGCUGACCGCUCGCCUCCAAAUUGCGAACUAGAUGGGAAAUAUAUUGAAAGUCAGGAAGAUGAAACAGGGGAUGAAAACAAGAAGGAAAAUUAUAGAAAUUUGUUGAAGUAUGAUCAACGUGAAGUGGAAGACACAUCAUACUUGACGCAAGAGGAAUCAAAGGUGAUAUUCCUAAAUUCUAUAAGUUCUAAUCAUUUUGGCUCGCAUAUAGUUUUCAGUGCCAGUGGAAGAGAGUGCUGAACAUCGCAGGGCUUUCAGAAUUAUUCUGAGUAGGUGUCUGGUUUUGAUAAAGUAGGUGGCUGUUGUGAGGGGGCGGAGUAUUGAUUAGAUAGCAACACAAAUGAGCUCUAUAACCAAAUUAUAAUGUAUCAUUACUUUCAUUCUUCAACAAGAUAAUUUCAAGAUUUAAGAUGGCAAAUAACUAAAUCGGUUUUACGAAAUAGUAUGUCGUUUUCGAAAAUAACCAGACUAUAAAGUAUAUGAUAGACCAAGUUGAGGAAAAAUAACUUUGUUUGAAAGCUUAGAGUGGAGGAAGGAGAGCAGUACCGUAAGGAUAAUUCAAGUACUAAACAAAGUAACCGGCGGUAAACCUCGUGGCACCCGCCGGAGCUCCGGUUAUUUUGGCAGCCCUGACAUCGCAUUUAUGCACCAAAGUGCCCCCAAGGAGAAAUUGACUCAAACGAACGAGACCAUUGAAAUUAAGAUUUUGCGUUUGUCGUUUUAGAUCAACGCUAUAAGCCCUGACAAUACCAUGGCAAGGACACGACCAAAACUACUCGGUAAGUAUACUACUUGCUUCAUCCACCUUUCAAGCAUGGUUUAGACUUGCUAUGUCAUAUCACAAGUGUAAUCGAGUUAUUGACAAAAGUGAAGUUUCAUCAAAGUAUGUGUACGAGAUGUUAUGUACAGUGAAACCUCGCAUUACGGUCAUCUCUUUAUUGAGGUCAUUAACCACUCAUAUGCCUUUAGUCUAUCCGAUUAACCAAUCAAAUGCACACAGAGCAAGUGAGCGGUAUUGGAAGUCAAAUCUGAACCUCCCUCAUGUUCUAUUCUUUUCCUUUUCAAUCUAGGUCUACAUACCAAACCGACAACUGGACUAGGCAGAUGCCGAGCCGUGGGGCUCGGUCGUCCACGUAAAAAUAACAAAGAUACUACGACCAAAACAAAUAAUACUUUAACACCAUUAUUAAAUUAUUUCUCGUAUCGAGGUCGUGAUAGGACAGAUACCAUAAAAAGUUGAAUUCACAGAUACCAUAAAAAGGUGCCACAGUCUGGUUCAGAAAAAAUAUUGUAAGGGUCCACGCAUCACGGUUAACGUUUUUUUGGGCACUAGUUAAUACUUAAGUCUUAAAAGCCAUGUUACACGAGGGAAUCGUCGCUGCAAAUUGCAACGCAAUUUCUGACAAAGCCAUUUUAUUUAGAAAGUUUUGCAGAAGAAUGGAGAGCAUGGUCAGCAUUUUUUUUCCACCGAGGCUUUUCGUCGUCUAUGUUCUAGCUUACAACAUGAUCAAGGCAAGAAAGGAAUGAAUGAGAAUGAAGAACUACUACAAGUUUCAAGUUCCAUCAAAAAAUUGCCCCGUGUAAAAUGGCCUUUAUGAGUUUUUAAUGGCAAUCAGUACACGUGUGGUUUGGCAACUCCAACAGACCUUAUGCAUAAUGACGUCACAAGGUUUGAUACCCGCGAGGAAUGCUGGUCUUAGUAGUCAUCGCCUGGGAAAAUUUCGAUAGUGGUCAUUUUGAAUUGUUUAAUUUUCCCGGGCGAUGACUACUAAGACCAGCAUUCUUCGUGGGCAUCAAGCCUUGUGACGUCAUUAUGCAUAAGG